GACUCCAUCGAGGUUCUUGAUUAUUUCUACUUCCUUUAUCUAACCCUUACGCGCCAUAGCUACCCGUCACAUUUCACAACGAAUACUCACCAGUUAAGUGGUAACUAUGGAGAAGUCAGAAAACCGGCCUUAUGGCCAAUACCAUUAUGUUGAGAUCCCAACUUCUCCCGAUGUGACCCCGAUACGUGCCCGACGCGGUCGCAUUUCUCAGCUCGCAGUUGCCUUGAGCUUAAUGUCAUUGCUCACGCUAAGCACCGUGUUCUUCGCCAUCCCAAACAUCAAUUUCUCUGCCUGUCACAAGAUGAGGGGAAAACUCGGUGCACUUUUAUCCCCCCCGAAGGGUGGUGAGACAUUUGUGCUGGCAUCAAGUAACAAGGUCCCGCUUGAGGCCCAUAUUAUGAGCAAAUGUCCAGACGCGCAGGACUGUCUCCAGAAAUUGGUCGUUCCUACUAUGGAGCGUAUCAGUGAGAAAGUCGAUUUUGAAUUGUCCUUCAUUGCAAGCGUCACUAAUCAAUCAUCUGAUGUACAUUGCAAACACGGCCCUGGCGAAUGCAUUGGCGACAUGCUUAUGCUUUGCGCUCAAGACCUCCCCUUCUCACCCGAGGGUGAGACUGAGAAAACUACUCGCAUGCCUACCAUCCGUUCCCUCGGAUUUGCGAAUUGUCUUGUCGGCCAGUACGAGGCUAUCCCGGACCGCGCACUGGUUCAAAACUGCGCCUUACAACAUGGUAUUGAUUUUGAAUCUUUGAACAACUGCGUUAGCAGGCAGGAGGAUGAUCCCAACAAUGGUGACUUAAGUGGCCUCGCUUUGUUGCGUCAAAGUGCCGCCCAUAGUGCAGACCUUGAAGUUCAUACGAGUUGUACUGUCCGGCUGGAUGACUCUGUUUGGUGUGUCCGUGAUGACGGAGAAUGGAAGAACUGCGCUAAGGAGGGGGAGGGCAGUCAAGUAUCUACACUCGUGGAGGAAAUCGAAAGACUCUGGCAAGAGAAGAACUAAGUGUUAUGGAAGGGCUAUGAUGGCAGCAUGGUUUUUAUGAUUUAUGAAAAUCGUCUCCAAGGGGUGCUGGUUACAGCUUCAGCUCGCAUCUCUGCAGGUGACAGUAUUAAGAUGAUAUCCGCGUUAUAUAUAAGCAUUGUUUAUUGCAGAUAUUGAUGCUCGCUAAUUCAUAAUGUCUAAAAGAAUCUGUUUCUUUUUUCUCUUCUUGUUUGGUCGAGAAGAUACUUCAUUUCAGUUUUCUGCCAUGCAAAAUACGGCGCAAAUCACACAGGACUAUCUUUCACAUAUGCACGCCAUAUA